AAUCCCAUUUUCUGUCAAAAAUAAAAAAAGAUGGGAGAGUGUAGUGUAGUGUAGGUGAGGUGAGGGUUGAGGUUAUAGCCGGUUCAGACGCACGAUCCGCAACUAUUGGGACUCACACAACUGCCAUUGUCGUCCUCAUACUCUCUCUCUCUCUCUCUCUCUCUCUCUCUCUCUCUCUCUCUCUCUCUCUCUAUAUAUAUAUAUAUAUAACUUCACUUCCAUUACACGUAUCUACAAAUGCGGUUCUUUUCCCAAUCUUUGUUAUUACUUCCAGUUGAAAGUUGAAACUUGAAAGCAAAUUGUCCUUGUGAUGAUCAUAGCUCCCAUGAAUCUAUCAAUAUUUCAUGGUUCUAGAUGUAGAGUCAAUACUUUAGCUCAUUUGUGGAGUGGAAGCCUCCAUAGUUGGACUAGGAGGCACAUCACUACCUCAAAGCUUCAUGAUCCCAAAGUCCCGGGGAUUGGAGGAGGAAAUACUAAGAAAUGGACAAGAAGGCCUAUAACAACAAAAACAGAAGGAAGUAUUAAUACCCCUCAAACCAGUAAACUUAGCAGCAUUAGGCAUGAAGUUUUAGAUGAAACCAUUUCAGCAACAAGUAGUUCUUUGAGUAUUGGUAAAACUGAGAUUAGUCAAUUCCAAAAGCUUCAAUAUUGUGAAGUUCAGAAAGAAGAGAGUUAUGAGAGUUUGGCCAAUCUAUUGACAAUUAUUUGUUUUGACAUUGAAACAACUGGAUUUAGCAGAGACAGUGAUUGUGUCAUUGAGAUUGCACUUCAAGUUCUUCGUGGCGGUAAGAAUAGUACUUUCCAGACAUUGGUAAACCCGAAUAAGUUUGUGCCAAAUACUAAAGUUCAUGGCAUUACCUCAAGCAUGGUCAACAGACGCGAUGUUCCAAGGAUGAAGGACUUGAUACCAAUCUUACUUCAGUAUGUCAGUAGCCAUCAAAUGCCUGGAGGCAAGGUAUUGUUGGUGGCACACAAUGCUCGAACCUUUGAUGUACCGUUUCUGAUUAGCGAAUUCAGUCGCUGCUCGAUAGAAGUUCCUUCAGAUUGGUUAUUCCUUGACACCCUUCCUUUGGCACGCGAACUAAUGAAAAUUGAAGGAUCAAAGAAGGCAUCACAGAAAGAUUUGAUGGAACACUUUCAAAUCAAAAGGGAAGGUGAUGCUCAUAGAGCUGAGUCAGAUGUGAAAGGUUUGACAUUAAUUCUUCGAAGGCUUACCUUCGACUUGAAGCUUUCAACAUUGGACCUUCUUGAAAGGUCUUUCAGUGCCUCGGACUUGAUCAAUCAAAAGAAGAAGAAGAAACCCAGCUAGUCAGGCUUGUGCAGCCAUUUGCUGUAGAACUAACUUGUGUUGCUGUUGUUGUUAUUGUUGAAUUUAUUCAAACUCAGAAUGAGAGAUAGGUGAUACCCUUUUACACACCUAGUAAUUUACUUCAAUUGUCUAAGGUGUUGGAAUCCACUGGCUUUUGUUAGAGCAUUAAGAAAGCCAUUAAUUGUAAUUGUUUACAUUUAUUAAUAAAAAAGUUACUAAAUUGUGACUUACAUAAUUUAAGGUAAA